GAUGGCUCAUCGCAGCGAUUGUGCUCGCCCGCUUCGCCGAUAGCUCGUCGUGCUCCGUGCGGGACCCGCGGAAGAACGACUCGCCGGCGAAGCGCUCGAAGCAUGAGGUGCAGUGCGAGGGCGCUCGCCGCCAGAAGACGCGAUGACGCGCGCCUGGGCCGUCGCCCUGGCCAGCGCCGUGCUGAGCCGCGUCGCGGCCGACGGCAUGAUCCGGAACGCCGAGGCCUACUGGGUCAUCGACCCGACGGACCAGACGUGCCUGACGGAGCUGGGCACCUUCGGCGCCUGCGACGACGACGCGCUCUUCAUGUACCUGAGCCGGCCCGUGGGGUUCUGGGACCGCCUCUUCCGCGGCGCGAAGUCGCGGCGGAGCCUGGCGAUGGUCCUCGAGCCCGUGCCGUCGCGGAGCUGCCUCGCGACGAAGCGGGCCUUCGGCCGGACGAUCCUCGGCGGCGGCGACUGCUCCUCCGUGUCCAAGGCCCAGCAGUGGGAGAUGCUCCAGAGCAACGCGCGGCGCUUCGCGGCGACGACGAACGAGGACGCCGUCGCGCACGUCGCGCUGACGACGAACGGCCAGAAGGACUGCGUCGUCCGCGACUCGUCCAUCUGGUCCAAGGCCGCGCGCCUCCAGCGGGCCCUGAGCGAGGGCGGCUCCGCGGGCCGCGAGCGCACGCCCAAGGGCGCGCUCGCGAACACCGUCUCCGUGCUCCGGUGCGACGCGCGCGGCCACACGCCCCUCGAGCUCACGGCGUCCAACGUCGCCAACAGCGGCUUCCUCUUCCAGUCCGCCGACGGCGCCAUGUGCUACGACGGCGUCCGCUUCCGCGCGUGCUCCGACGAGGACCGGACGCUCCGCUGGGGCGUCGGUGUCCGCUUCUCGCGCGGCCGGCCCGAGACGUCGCUCUACAAGUUCUACAACGCGUCCGAGUCGUGCCUCGUCGAGGUCGGCGACCACGUGGCCCUGGGCUCCUGCGACGCCAAGGGCGCGCGCGGCUGGGGCGUCACCAAGGGCCGCCUCUGCCGCGGCGGCGACUGCGUCAAGUCCGGCAAGUGCCUCGCGCGGUCCGCCUUCGACGCCGCCGCGAAGCUGUUCCCCUGCAAGCAGAACAUCUACGAGCACCUCACGCUCACCCUCGACUCCGACGGCUCCGACGCGCGCGUUCCGCCGCGUCCUCUUUUUUCGGUGCUCGCGCAGGCGCUCAAGGAGGCCGCGGAGCGCGAGAAGGCCGCCGAGGCCGCGAAGCUCGGGCCCGGCCGCGCGUCGACCUACAAGGUCUAGGGCCCAGACGACUAAGCAAGAUCAAGCCG